AAGAGCCCGUCAUGGCGGCGCCCAUUGCGAUACAUCUAGAGUUCGGAGGAGGAGCCGAGCUUCUGUUUGAUGGAGUCAAGGAUCACCGUGUGACACUUCCCAGCCAAUCAGAGCCCUGGGACGUGAAGCAGCUGCUGGUGUGGAUUCGGGAGAACCUGCUGAAGGAGAGGCCUGAGCUCUUUGUGCAGGGAGAUUCUGUGAGACCCGGAAUUCUUGUAUUGAUCAAUGAUGCAGACUGGGAACUGAUGGGUGAGUUGGAGUACCAGCUUCAGGACCAGGACAAUAUCGUGUUCAUCUCCACACUUCAUGGAGGUUAACAGACUCUAAAAGAACACACACGUGCAUAUAUAUAUAUAUAUAAAUGCACACCGUAUAUCCACGCCUUCAGUCUCUGCUCCACACUACCCAUCCUCCAACCUCUCAACCAAUCCGGUGAGGCCGUCUUGACUUGAUUCGAAUUUUUUUAGCCAAUUAAAUGGCACGCCGGUGGAAUAUGGGCUGAGACAGGAUCGUCUCGGCGCUCUACCUGCUCCUUGGUUCGAUGGACAGGGUCACAUCGGGGCGCGUUCAGAGGUCAGUCCGUCUAGCCAACGUCCAGAUGGAUUCUCCAGAGACGUGCACCAAUCACUCACACUCUCGCCUCGAGAAACAGCAACAUUUCCAUUUUCAUUUGUUUACGUCUGGUCUAUUUUUCCUCUUGAUUUUGAGUAAAUAAAUAUGAUUUUAUUUUUAUAAUCAGAUUUUGCAGACACACAAAUGGUAUCUUUUUAUGUUUGGGGAGGUGGAUGAGUUUUAAUAAAUACCUGAUUGAUUGUGAGGUUCAUGGAAAAAGUCAAAGAGAAAGGAUUAAGUCGAAUACGUUUCAGCUGCCUGUCUCCGAGCUUCGAGUCCUGCCUGGGAUCAUCGACAUCACCUGAACAUUUUAUCUCCUGUUUGUUUGUUGUUUAUUAAAGAAGAAAAUGAUAUGGUGUGUCUCCAGGUUUAUAGUAGAGUUUUUGCACCCAGUGUCACUGGAUCAGGAUUUUUUUUUUCCCCCCUCAAGAUGAAUUUAUUAGCUGCACAAACCAAGAAAAAUGGUUUGGGGCAAAGAACAGAAUUUAAGAUGCUUUUGUUCGUGUCAUGUUUAGAAAUAGUUUGAUAAUUUUCUGGAAUAUUUUGUUUGAAUUGGUUCCAUUUUUAGAAAUAUAUUUUUUAUUUAGAAAUGACCAAAGACAGACAUACAUAAUAAACGCUGAAUAGAA